AUGCUGGAUCAUGCAUUGAGCCUGCGCGCGCUGCAGUGCAACGGAGAGGCGUGUAGUGAGUCCUGCCUCAAAUAUCCGUGCCGAUCCGUCAUCCCCCCCACCUCUAUCCCUCCUCCGCUGUGCUAUCCUCUUUGCGCAGAGCCCCAGAAACUGACGCAGCGGCUCACUCAGAAGGCCAAAGCUGCCCGCCUUCUGUCGGCGUGUGUCAGCACUCGUCCGCAGUACCUGUCGAGGACCGUCCCUCCUUCGCCCGCAGUGAUCUCUAGUUUUACACGGUGGGACGCACGCCUGGGAGAGACAUUUCAGCAGCUUUUAGCUUCAGGGACCUGGGCUUGUCGCGAGGACGUCCGAGAGGCCGCCCUAGACCAGAUCUUCCUCCCCAUCCGUCUCGGGGGUUUCGGCAUUCGUUGCAUGGCACGCAUUGCCCCGGUGAGUUUCGUGUGCUCCUGGGUGCAGUGUGCUCCCAUUCUCUGUUCUCUCCCUGCGUGUGGCAAGGCGUUUCGGCAGAGCUUCGCUUCAGGUGAGCCAGAGCAGAUCGACCGGGCUCUGCAGACGGCGCUAGAGGGUCUCCCACCUGACGUUCUCUCUCUCCUUCCCCCCUGGCCCUCCUGCGCUUCUGCCUCCCCCGAUUCCCUUUUUGCAGGAGCGAGCCGUCUUCUGGAGGCGCAUGCCUUGGAGGCCGUGCGUGCCCGUCACGCCUCUCCCUUGCACCUUGCCCGUUUGACUUCCCUUCAGGGCGGAGGUGCACGGGCGUGGUUGACGUCGGUGCCGUACGCUGACCCACUGUGCAUCCCGGAGGCGCUGUGGCAGGCGGCUUCAUCUUCUCGUCUUGGUCUCCCUAUCCCCCAGUUAGCCCUUGCAGGUCAGUGCUCCUGCGGACAGGCGAUUGACGACAUGACGGUGCCUCAUCACGUGGUUCGGUGCCCGCGCUACGGGGUCGCCACUACCAUCCACGACACGGUGAAGUACAUGCUUCGAGACUUUGCGGUCGAGGCGGGCUUCGCGGUAAAGGUGGAGGACUCUACGCUGUUCACACAGUUGGAGGCGGCUCGAGCGAGACUACUGGGACAGCCAGUGGUGGGAGAGGGGACGCGGGCUGAGGGACCGGGGGAGCAGAGAGGCGAGGCGGGACAGCCGGGUGGCGGGGGACAGUGGGGACAGCACCAGCUGCGGGGUCAGGUGGAGCGAGGGAUAGGUGGGCGGAGGGGACGGCAGGGGGAGCAGACGGGCCAGGACGGGGAGGGGAGACGGCACAGGCAGCAGCAGGAGAGCCAGGGGAGGCCGCGGGCCCAGGGCGCCGCGCCUCCAGGUUCGGCCUCGGAGGUGGGGCAGGGGCGGGAGCAGCAGAGAGCGGACGGAGGUACAGGAGGGGCAGCGGCAUUGGGAGGGGAGGCCCAAGGAGUGAGAGAGGCAGCAGGGGAUGGAGCAGGGGGGUCGGGAGGGUUGGGGGAGGGUAGAGAGGGGGAGGGGAGAGGACAGGUGGAUGGAGGAGAGGAGAGGAGGAGAGAGACGAUCGGAGAGGAGGCACCACGGGACCAGACAGGGCAGCAGCCAGCGCAACAGCAGGGACCAGUCGGACGCACAGGCCGUGUAGGCACCGCCUCCCGCAUCCCAGACCUCACCUAA